CACGUCACGAAGGUCGUGGCCUGUCCAUCAAGGUCCAAGUCGAUCCCAUCACUACGCCCAUCUCCUCAAUCCCUUCCCCAACCGUCGUGUUCUCACCAACCAAAUACCACAUACCAUGCCUUACAUCCCGACCGAGACGAUCGUCUCUGCCGCCAUCCUCGCCGCCCUGAUUGCGGGUUGGCGAUACGUCCAACAGAACCCUCAACAACAAGAGGCCAUCCCGGCAGCCAUCAAAAAGACCGCCAACGCCGUACUCCCCGGUGGGAAGGGCCUGUUCGAGGACGAGUUGACGGGAGAGUCGGCGUCUGGGUCUGGAAAAAAGAGCAAGGCUGGUUCGAAAAAGUCGGCUAGCAAGAAGAAGAAGAAUGGAGCAGCUGCUGCAGGGGAUGUUUCAGGAAAGGAGGAUGGCGCCAGUAGCUCUCGGGUAGAGCCAGAGCCAGAGGUCGAGGCGAAGGCGUCUGCCCCUGUGCCUACACAUUCAAAGGCUGCCAAGGAGAAGCCUAAGACCUUGGCCGAGAAGAAGGUCAAGAAGGCUCCCAAGACCGAGGUUGACGACAUGCUCCCGGAGGACCAAAAGCAACCUCAGAUCGCCAGGGUCAUGAAGAUCGUUCCCGAACAGAGCACCUCCACCCCGUCCGCUCCUACCCCUGCCCCUGCUCCCGCUCAGGAAGAGCCUGCCGCGGCGACCCAGGCCGUCAACGAGGACUUUGGGUACGAGGAUGAGGAUGCCGAGUUGGAUGAGAGCGAGGAGGAUGACGGCUGGGAGGUUCCCAAGAAGUUUGUCGGGAGCGGGAAUGCCAACGGAGGGAGCUUUGCUGCUAUCGCUGGGAGUUCGAGGGCUCCCUCGGCACCUUCGUUGAACAGGUUCUCCCUGUUGACCAGCUCCAACCCCAACUUCCCUCAAUCCCCUUCUACCCGUCGGACGACCUCGUCCCAACGACCUUCCUCUUCCGCAGCUGACAACUCGGCACCUACCAAAGUUCAGCGCAAGAACGCCAACAAGCGGGAAGCCCAAAAGUUGCAAAAGGAACAGGAAGAAAAGGAACGCUUGGACAGGCUGAAGAGUUACCGGGCAGAGGCGGCCAAGGAGCGAGCGGGAGCGGGAGGAAAGAGGGACGCUUUGGGCAAGCCGGUGGAGAAUUGGGGGAGCCAAACACCCUCCCACCUCACGCCGUAUCCGCCGCCUCUACCGAUCACGCUGGACACCGUAACGAGUACCAUCUUUAACUUCUUUUUCGCCCUCAUGGUACCGGUUGCCGUUCAGUCCGGUCUGCGGCUGUUCUUUCUCUUUCGUGAAGAAUCUCCUACGUCUCGGUCAAUUUACUUCUGGGCUCGUGUUUAUUCGGAUGUAGGAUUCUUCAUAGGUAUUGCGAGAUACCUCGGCAGGUGUUACAAUAAUCAGCAAAAAGUUUUUGGGAAGAAAGAGAAGGUCGUCUGGGAGGACCAAAUUGUGGUAGUGACAGGGGGUGCUUCUGGCGUGGGCGCUUUGUUGGUAAGAACGCUCGCCUCGCUUGGAGCGACUGUAAUCGUGCUCGACAUCAACCAGUGCGAGGACGAGAAUGAAAACGUUUGGUCAUACGUUUGCGACGUAUCGAAUUACGAUGCGGUGAUGGAUAUUGCGCAGAAGAUACGAGACGAGGUCGGAAGCCCUACUAUGCUGGUCAACAACGCCGGGGUCGUUUCGGGAAAGUUGAUUCUCGAUCUGGAGGCGCGAGAUGUCGAACGUACAUUCGGGGUCAACGUCUUGUCCCAUUUCUGGACGAUCAAAGCGUUCUUACCGGGCAUGCUGGAGAAUGGAAAGGGGCAUAUAGUAACCGUAGCCAGCGUGCUAGGGUUGGCAGGGUCAGCGCAGAUGAUCGACUAUUGCGCUUCUAAGGCCGCAUUGAUUACCAUGCAUGACGCUUUACGUUUUGAGCUCAACAACCGAUACAAAGCUCCACAAAUCCGGACCACUCUGCUCUUGCCCGGACACAUCCGUACCCCACUCUUCGAUAAGAUUCAGUUCCCUCGAUCCUUGUUCUUCCGGUUCAUGGCGCCUUCUCUAGAACCGGGACAAGUCGUCCAGAAGAUCGUGCGCGCCUUAGCAGCGCAGGAGAGUAGGGUGGUUCGAAUGCCAUUCUAUACUCACUCUGCGAGGCUACUCAACUUGGGAAGCGGCUUAACGCCAGGUUGGAUCCGGGAUUUCUUGCAAUGGAUGAGCCAGGCUGAUUUCGCCAUGGAACGAUAUCACGCGAAGUGAUGUGCUCAUGGUAUGGUGUCUCUGAAAGACUAUAGGUCAGUGCGGCGCCUCUUCCUCAUUGGGCAGACUUCGCUGCCACCGUUAGUUGCGUACUUAUGGAUCGUACGAUUGGCAAAAAACAACCUCCUGUAACAGAUCGUCCCUG